CGUAAGCGGAUUCAAACAAACGGCGGUUAUCUUGUGUUUAUAUUCGAUAAAAUAAAUAUAUUGUCCUCAAAAGAACAAUAAUCAUAUAGCAGAAUGUCUGUAAUUGAAGAAGCAACUGUAAUUGCGCCAUGGGUUGGACUUAGAACAAGCAGUAACUUUUUAUCUGUAGUUGUACUAUCAUCAAAUGUUGAGAUCAUCGAAAAGAUAUCCAAAGCUCUUACAGAUUUACAUGCCCAGGGAAAUUUCAGGUGGAAACUGACAAUCUUACGUUCUUUCGAUUUAGGAGAAGUCGUGGAACACUCCGAUUUAGUUGGAAGAGUUUCUAUCGACCUUGUUAUACUGGGCUUGGAUACCAGUCGAGUGUUCUGCCUUGAAUGGGCUAAGAAAGUUUUAAUGCAAGUUCACCCUGACCUGAGGACUCGUCGAGUUAUUCUUGUAAACUCUAGUGGAUUACCACCAAAUUCUAUGGCAGUGAAUGUAGGUGAACUAGUGGCUUUCAAAAGUAAUUUCAAACUUGACAUGAUGACAGCAGAUGUGUUCAAGUCGGAUGAUGCAAGGUUCUUAGCGCGACGGCUGCUAAAAUACAUGGAAGUGUCUAUUGGUGUUAAGACUGGAAUACCUAAUUUAAAUGUUUAAAAUGUGUUUAUAUUUUGUUGCACACAUAUCCCAAGAAAAUGACUGAAUUAUGAAAUGACUA